CUCGCAACAUCACAAUCGAUGCCGACAUCAGGACAGAGACAGUCACGGCCUGGUCAGAAUGAGGAGACCCCCAUCUUCAGUGGGAGCGAUGAUCCAUUGAGACGGGAUUACCAGUCCACAGGUGGUGUCGCUACGGGUGUCGCCAAUGGUCGCGGGAAAGACUUUUCGCAGACAGCCGCCGGUCGCAGUGGGAAUACGGCGGAUCCAGACGAAGAAACUACUCGAUCCUGUUUCGGCCGUCUCAUGGACAAGUACGGUACUCUGGAGCUCGACAACAAGGGCAGUGUGGCUCGAGACCAUCUUGCUUUAGAGAGAACAUUCCUGGCAUGGUUAAGAACUUCGUUGGGCUUUGCUUCUAUCGGCAUCGCAGUGACACAACUUUUCCGAUUGAAUAGCACUACCACGAAUGCGACCAGCCUCAAUGGCUCCGGCCAAUUUCCUCCCUUGGUUAUGCCUCAUGAAUAUGACGCCGCGAUGAUGGCAGCCGCAUCGAAGUCGAGUCGUCUACGAGCUCUCGGCAAACCUCUAGGCGCCACAUUCAUCGGGGUCUCCAUCAUCGUCCUUUUGAUCGGGUUCCACCGCUACUUCGAAAGCCAAUAUUGGAUCGUCAGGGGCAAGUUCCCAGCGAGCCGUGGCAGCGUCACCUUGAUUGCCUUCAUGGCAACUGCUUUGAUCAUCACUGCUCUGACAGUGAUUCUUGCCGUCUCCCCAGACGCAAGCGAGCUAUGA